ACCUGCCCAAGAUGAAAGUUUACUCGGCAAAGUUAACACUGAAUCUGCGGCUAAUCAGCGUCCAUCAGGAGGCAGGACCAGACAAAUGAAGUGUAAUUAAAGCGCUGAUCGAUAUGACGGAGUCCGCUCCUCCGACACCUCUCAUCUGGAAGGAGAGACGGGAGGAGGUGGAGAACAGCGGGGAGGGUGGACAGAAGGAGGGAGGAGGACGGUUGGGGGGGGUGAUGGUGAGCGGGACAGCUUAGAAUGAGAAGGGACAGAGUGGAAGUGAGAGGAGCAGCCGUCAACAUCAUCGUACCCAGGAGUCACCACAGUUACUCUGCGGCCGUGACGUCCACUUCUGUUGUCGGCGCAGGUUAUAUCGCAGAUUAAAGAAGAUUAAAAAGAGAAAAAGUUUGCGACGCUGUGUGUGUGCGGAGGCAGUGGGGGGUCUGCGCUCGGAGAACAUGGAUGAUUCGAAGAGCAGGAGCGGAAUAAGGCUGUUUCUUUUCUUCCUGCUCCAUGUCAUCGCGACAGACGCUGGUAGUCCCAUCGAUGUCCUGCAGGCGCUGGACUUAUCGGAGAGCAUGGAGGGAGUGUUCUUGGAGGCAGGUUUCUGCACCAGCAGGAGGGGCGGAGAGGAGGCAGACCUGGCCUUUAAGAUAGACAAGAAGAUCCAGCUCAGCGCUCCCACAAAGCAGCUAUUUCCUGAUUCCAAGUUCCCUGAGACCUUCUCCCUAAUGGUCACACUGCGAGCUAAGAAGGGCUCCCAGUUCUUCUUGCUGUCGGUCUAUGAUGACCAGGGUGUGCAGCAGCUGGGGCUGGAGGUGGGCCGCUCCCCAGUCUUCCUUUAUGAGGAUCAGCACGGGCAGCCGUCACCACAGAAGUACCCCAUCUUCAGGAAGAUCAACCUCACAGACGGGAAGUGGCACAGAAUUGCCUACAGUGUCCAGAACAAGUCCGUGACCCUCUACCUGGACUGUCAGAAAGUGGAGACCCUAGACCUGCUGCGAGGGGAUGACGCCAUCAUCAGCACGGACGGAGUCACAGUGUUUGGGACGCGACUGCUGGAUGAUAAUGUCUUCGAGGGAGAAAUUCAACAACUUUUAAUCUCCGAUGAUGCAGAGGACGCUGAUAAGUACUGCGAAAACUACUUACCAGACUGUGACUCUGCUCUGCCCUACAGCAGCCUGAUGUUGGACCUCGACAAGACCACCCUACCCAAUUCUCAUGCUAUGAUGCAAAGUGACCAGCCGUUAAUAGAAAAGGACCUCUCCAAAAAGGAUAGGAAAGAGAAAAAAAACAAGAAGAAAGGACACAGGGGAUCCAAAGGCAAAGGCAAGGGCAAGGGCAAGAAGAAAGGAUCCAGGAGGAAGAAACACGAAGAGGAAGUGAAGGAGGAUCUCGAGGUGGGCUUCCUCCCGUUGGUCACGUCGUCGUCUGCGUUUCAGUCUGAGGAAUCGCUACACCCCGCGAAGCCCACGGAGCUCCCCGAAGUCCAGCAAGACCAGUGGUCUGUCCUCCCUACUGAAAUCUAUGACAGGACUACCUUCCAGACCCUCAGUGUGGUGCCCACAGAGAUGCCUGAAUCAAUGGUUACUGAGGAGCAGCCCCAGCCAGUGAAAACGCCGGAGAUUGAAGUGUACAGCGACGACUUUCUAUACGAUGAUCUUUCUUCUUCUACUGUCACUGUUGGUCCUAAUAUUACAGAUUAUGAGAUUUUGGAGUACACGGAUUACAAGAACGAUACAGAGUUAGAUUACGAGGGCGAAGAAAUAUACGAUGAUGCAUUUGGCUUCGCGGAGCGAGAGAGAGCAGAGACGUGGGGUGGAGAGGCUACCGCAAGAGGGGAGAAAGGCCAGAAGGGAGAGCAAGCUAUUGUUGAACCGGGGAUGCUGGCAGAAGGACCACCUGGUCCGCAGGGACCACAGGGACUCGAUGGUCAAGUAGGACCAACAGGACCUCCAGGACCCACAGGUGAUCCUGGUGAAAUGGGUCCUCCGGGUCGUCCUGGUCUCGCUGGUGCUGAUGGCAUUCCAGGUCCCCCGGGAACCCUGCUGAUGUUACCAUUCCAGUACAGAGGUGAUUCCCAGAAAGGACCAGUGGUGUCUCCACAGGAGGCACAGGCACAGGCUAUACUGCAGCAGGCUCAGUUCUCCAUGAAGGGACCUCCAGGUCCACUGGGUCUCACCGGUCGGCCAGGCCCAGCGGGUGUUCCAGGUCCUACUGGGCUGAAAGGCGACCAAGGGGAGAACGGUCAUCCAGGACCACGUGGGAUUCCAGGGCCAAAAGGACUUGAUGGGAAAGCAGGAAAAAGGGGUCGUGCUGGAGGCGAUGGAGGUCGUGGAGCUCCAGGAGAAACUGGUGCCAAGGGUGACAGGGGUUUUGAUGGUCUGCCAGGACUACCAGGAAACAAGGGCCACAGAGGGGACAGGGGAAAGCCAGGUCCCCAUGGCCUCCUGGGAGAUCCAGGAGAGAAGGGACCUGAGGGACCAUUGGGGCCGAGAGGACAACCAGGUGAACCUGGUCCACGGGGUCUUGUUGGGUCAAGAGGGCCACCUGGACCACCUGGUGUACCAACAAUUUCUGUGACUGAUGGUGUUUCUUCUUCGGGUCCUGCUGGGGAGUCUGGGCCUCCAGGGCAACAGGGAAAUCCAGGAGCAGAGGGUUUGCCUGGUCCUCAGGGGCACAUCGGACUGCCUGGAGAGAAGGGCCCUCGGGGAAAAGAGGGCAUGCUGGGACUUCCAGGCAUUGACGGUCCUCCUGUAAGCAAACAGAAAUGUCAACGCAUGCAAGAUCCCUAUGCACACAAACAACAUCAGGGUUUACCUGGAGCUGUGGGACCUGUUGGUUAUCCGGGGCCUCGUGGAGUCAAAGGAGCAGACGGAGUUAGAGGUUUGAAGGGAAGCAAAGGAGAGAAGGGAGAAGACGGCUUUCCUGGGUCCAAAGGCGACAUGGGCCUGAAGGGAGACAGAGGUGAAAAUGGCGUUUUAGGGCCUCGCGGAGAGGACGGGCUAGAGGGGCUAAAGGGCCAUGCAGGACCCAUGGGAGAAUCGGGAGCCCCUGGCAUAGCUGGAGAGAAGGGCAAACUUGGCGUACCAGGAGUGCAAGGAUACCCAGGAAGACAAGGUCCUAAGGGAUCACUGGGCUUUGUCGGGAUGGCAGGGGGCUCGGGAGAGAAAGGACGAAGGGGUCCAGCCGGUCAGCCAGGGUCAGAGGGUCAAAGAGGUCCAAACGGAUCUCGUGGAGGAAGAGGACAAAGAGGUCCCACUGGAAAACCUGGAGAGAAGGUGUGCGGAGCCACUGGAACACGGGGUCCACAAGGACCACAGGGAAGACAUGGCGAACCAGGACCUAGAGGUCCAUCUGGUCCUCCUGGAAAAGAUGGAUUACCGGGUCAUCCAGGCCAGAGAGGAGAACCAGGUUUCCAGGGCAAAAAUGGUCCUCACGGGCCCCCAGGUGUCGUUGGACCUCAGGGUAAAUCUGGAGAGACAGGGCCAACUGGAGACAGAGGCCAUCCAGGUUCACCGGGACCACCCGGUGAGCACGGUUUACCAGGAUCGGCUGGAAAGGAGGGCGCCAAGGGAGAUCCAGGUCCACCAGGUGCCCUAGGGAAAACUGGUCCCCCCGGACACCAAGGCUUCAGAGGGAGCAGAGGGAACCCUGGUGCAACGGGACCUGCCGGUCUGAAAGGAGGAGAGGGUCUUCCUGGUGUCUCAGGAAUAAUUGGUGCAACUGGAGAAAGAGGCCCCGCUGGGCCAGUCGGUGCGAUUGGACAGCCUGGACGACAGGGCGGUGUUGGUCCUGCUGGGCCAGCGGGAGAAAAAGGCGAGCCUGGGGAAAAGGGGCCCUUCGGCUCAGCCGGCCGCGACGGGGAGGUAGGACCCUUGGGAUUGCCAGGUGCUGCAGGACCAGCUGGACCACCAGGAGAUGAUGGAGACAAGGGGGAAAACGGAGGACCAGGUCAGAAGGGUAGCAAAGGAGACAAAGGAGAAGCUGGUCCACCAGGACCCAUUGGACUUCAAGGACCCGUGGGCCAGCAUGGACUACCAGGUGCAGAUGGUGAGCCCGGCCCUCGUGGGCAGCAGGGAAUGAUUGGGGCGAAAGGAGAUGAAGGACUGAGUGGCUUCAAAGGGGCAUCUGGUCCUUCUGGGCUUCAGGGAAUGCCAGGACCCCCGGGGGAGAAAGGAGAGAGUGGACAUGUGGGCUCAAUGGGACCCCCGGGACAGCACGGACCCCGAGGACCUCAAGGGCCUAUUGGUGCAGAGGGAACAGCUGGCAUACCUGGUGGAGUCGGUCAGCCUGGAAUUGGCGGAGAGAAGGGUGAGGACGGUGAGGCAGGAGACCCUGGACCGGCGGGAGAACCCGGCGCUCCUGGUGUUAAAGGUGACGUGGGCGAGAAGGGAGACGCUGGCCCUUCAGGUGCAGGUGGGCCCCCGGGACCUAGAGGACUACCAGGAGAUGACGGAUCUAAAGGCAACCUUGGGCCUAUUGGAUUUCCCGGAGAUCCAGGACCCCCUGGAGAGCCCGGCAUUAAUGGCGUGGAUGGAGUUGCCGGACGUAAAGGGGACACUGGAGAGCUUGGCAAAGCAGGAUCCCCGGGAGCCUCUGGAGAACCAGGUCCUCCAGGACCCCCUGGACGAAGGGGUCAUGUUGGUGCCGCGGGAAAUGAAGGAAAGCAAGGCAACAAGGGAUCCAAGGGAACAAUAGGAGGCCAGGGUCUUCCAGGUAAAGUUGGCCCAGUGGGACCGCAAGGACAUCCAGGAAGACCAGGUCCAGAUGGGUUAAGAGGCAUCCCAGGUCCCGGGGGGGAACAUGGUUUAAAUGGACCACCAGGACAAACUGGACCUCCAGGACCAAUUGGACCUCCAGGACUUCCAGGACUGAAGGGAGAUCCAGGGGUGAAAGGAGAAAAGGGUCAUGGUGGGUUGAUUGGUUUGAUUGGUCCUCCUGGAGAUUUUGGCGAGAAGGGAGACCGCGGCCUGCCAGGGAUGGAAGGCAAACAUGGACCUAAAGGAGAGGGGGGUUUGCUAGGUCCCGCUGGUCCCACAGGUCCACCAGGACCGCCUGGACUAUCAGGUCCAGCUGGAGAUAAAGGAUCAAGAGGAGACCCGGGUUCCACUGGUCCCAGAGGAGAUCCAGGCCGUGCCGGACCCCCAGGCCCACCAGGACCACCUGCAACAAUGAUCGAGCCCCUGCCCAUCAGGGAUGGCAGAAAGAAAAAGCGAAGACACUCCGAUCGGGCAGCAGCGGGAGGAGCAGCUCCAUCCAGUAGAGAGGACGACCGAGUUCCAGACAUGGAGGACUUUCUCCAAGGGGAUCAGCCGCUGGAGGAUCCAGAAGGGAUGGAAGAAGUCUUUGCAUCACUCUCCUCCAUGAAAAAUGAAGUGGAACUAAUAAGGAGACCGUUAGGGACCUAUGAGAGUCCUGCGCGCACCUGCAAGGAGCUCAUGAUGGUUCAGCCCAACUACAAAGACGGAGACUACUGGAUAGAUCCCAACCAGGGCUGUAACAGGGAUUCCAUCAAGGUCUUCUGCAACUUCACUGCUGAUGGAGAGACGUGUCUUUACCCGGACAAGAGGAUUGAGACAGUGAAAUUAGCUACAUGGAACAAAGAGAAACCAAGAAGCUGGUACAGCUCGUACAGGAAAGGCAGACAGUUCUCCUACGUGGACAGGGAUGGAAACCCUGUGCAUGUGGUUCAGCUCACCUUCCUCAAACUACUGAGUGCCACGGCCCAGCAGACCUUCACCUACACAUGCCACAACUCUGUGGGCUGGUUUGACAGCAACUCCCGCUCCCACGAGCGUGCCCUCCGCUUCCGUGGCGGCAAUGACGAGGAGCUGACACACGCCAAAAGCCCCUUCAUCACCGCUGUCCACGAUGGAUGUCAGAUUCGCAGUGGUCAGGAGAGAACAACCCUUCACAUCAACUCCCCUCUGGCGGAGCGGCUGCCCAUUAUAGACGUAGCUCCGGCAGACUUUGGCAGCAGCAACCAAAAAUUUGGAUUUGAAGUCGGACGAGUGUGCUUCAGUGGUUGAAGCCUCACCAGGGACGAACAAACAAAACAAAAAACAAACCAAGAGACCCGCCUAUCGCGCUUUAGAGCAGAGAACUGGACUUUUUGCACUGCCCUGAGCAAUAUUUAUUUUCAUGUACGUGGAGGGUUAUUGGUACAUAAUUUAAGACACUCAUCGACAGCCAAUGAAACAGGCUUUUCACAACAAUUGAGGACGCGCAACGUUGACUAUUGGGAAUUUUCCGUUGAACAUAUUUAACUAUAUAUUUUUUUCUGUGUUUUCCACUGUGCGUGCGUGUGCGCGCUCUUAUUGAACCUCAGUAACGACGAGACUGUCAAUGACACUUGUAGGACUACUUGUAGCCCAGGUACAGAUCAUUGACAGACUCGUUGUUACCCGAUAAUUUGUAAAGACUAGGGAUGGCUCAAUCCGAUACUAUUGGUUGGAAAAUUUAAGGAUCGGAUAUCGGGGAAAAACAACUUUAGCCUAGCCGAUCCGAUACUUAAGACAAAUACUCAACCUGACUGUGCGCGACAUGUCAGAAACAGGGACACUAUCGCCUCAGUAAUGCUAGCCUGUGAUAUCGUUUCAAAGUAUCAGAUUGAUAAGGGUAUUGGCAGAUACUCCAAGUUUCAGUAUCGGUUUAUUGAGCCAUCCCUAGUAAAUACUGUCUAAAUGUUACUCAUUUGCAUGUACAGAUGUGGCGCAUAUUAAUAAUCACAGAACAGUUCCGCACUUGCCUCGCAUAUUAAUUUCCUUAGGCGCGCCAUAAUUAAUUUCCUAUGUGUGAGAAUGAUAAAUGAUCAGUUUUACCCUUCAACUGCAGUUUUCCCAGCAAAUUAGCUUGAUUAGCAUUCAACAUCUGUAGUUAGUUACUGAGUCUGACACUUACUUGAAUGGAUAGAGUGGG